AUGGCCACUGACUCGUGGGCCCUGGCGGUGGAUGAGCAGGAAGCGGCGGCCGAGUCGUUGAGCAACUUGCAUCUUAAGGAAGAGAAAAUAAAACCAGAUGCCAAUGGUGCUGUUGUCAAGACCAAUGCUAAUGCAGAGAAGGCAGACGAAGAAGAGAAAGAGGACAGAGCUGCCCAGUCUUUACUGAAUAAACUUAUCAGAAACAACCUUGUUGAUAACACAAACCAAGUGGAAGUCCUGCAACGGGAUCCAAACUCUCCCCUCUACUCAGUGAAGUCCUUUGAGGAGCUUCGGUUGAAACCACAACUUCUCCAGGGAGUUUAUGCCAUGGGCUUCAACCGUCCAUCCAAGAUACAAGAAAAUGCAUUGCCUUUGAUGCUUGCUGAGCCCCCACAGAACUUAAUUGCCCAGUCUCAGUCUGGUACUGGUAAAACAGCUGCCUUUGUGUUGGCCAUGCUCAGCCAUGUAGAACCUGCAAACAGAUACCCCCAGUGUCUGUGUCUCUCCCCAACGUAUGAACUUGCCCUUCAAACGGGAAAAGUGAUUGAGCAGAUGGGCAAAUUUUACCCAGAGCUGAAGCUAGCUUAUGCUGUUCGAGGCAAUAAAUUGGAAAGAGGUCAGAAGAUCAGUGAGCACAUUGUCAUUGGCACCCCUGGGACUGUCUUAGACUGGUGCUCCAAGCUCAAGUUCAUUGAUCCCAAGAAGAUCAAGGUGUUUGUUCUGGAUGAGGCUGAUGUGAUGAUAGCUACUCAGGGCCACCAAGAUCAAAGCAUCCGCAUCCAAAGGAUGCUGCCCAGGAACUGCCAGAUGCUGCUUUUCUCUGCCACCUUUGAAGACUCUGUAUGGAACUUUGCCCAGAAAGUGGUCCCAGACCCAAACAUUAUCAAACUGAAGCGUGAGGAGGAGACAUUGGACACCAUCAAGCAGUAUUACGUCCUGUGCAAUAACAGAGACGAGAAGUUCCAGGCCUUGUGUAACCUCUAUGGGGCCAUCACCAUUGCUCAGGCCAUGAUCUUCUGCCAUACCCGCAAAACAGCCAGUUGGCUGGCAGCAGAGCUCUCAAAAGAAGGCCACCAGGUGGCUCUGCUAAGUGGUGAGAUGAUGGUGGAACAGAGGGCUGCGGUGAUUGAGCGCUUCCGAGAAGGCAAAGAGAAGGUUCUGGUGACCACCAACGUGUGUGCCCGUGGUAUCGAUGUUGAACAGGUGUCUGUUGUCAUCAACUUUGACCUUCCUGUGGACAAGGAUGGGAACCCAGACAAUGAGACUUACCUGCACCGGAUCGGGCGCACUGGCCGCUUUGGCAAGAGGGGCCUGGCAGUGAACAUGGUGGACAGCAAGCACAGCAUGAACAUCCUCAACAGAAUCCAGGACCAUUUUAAUAAGAAAAUAGAAAGAUUGGACACUGAUGAUUUGGACGAGAUUGAGAAAAUAGCCAACUGA